AUGGCGUAUGACCGCUACGUGUGCAUCUGUAACCCUCUGAGAUACAACACCAUCAUGUCCCACUCAACUGUGUACAAGAUACUCGCGGGCAGUUGCACUUAUUCCAUUGUAGCCUUUGGUACUCACAUGCUGUUGACCUAUAGACUCCCUUUGUGCGGAGCAGAAAUAUUAAAGAUCUACUGUGACAACUGGUCAAUAGUCAGACUUUCUUGCAUUGACACCUCCAUUAAUAACAUCUAUGGACUUUUUAUGGUCUCGUUUUAUUUCGGUUUGCUCUUAAUUUUAAUAAUGUACUCCUAUAUAGAGAUACUCAAGGUUUGUGCACGAUCUUCCCAAGCCGUCAUUGCUAAAGCCCUACAGACCUGCACUCCCCAGCUCAUAACCACCAUCAAUUUAAUGACUGCUUCGUGUUUUGAUAUAUUCCUCUAUAGAUAUAUCCCUACUAUUGUUCCUUAUGAGUUCCGUCUCUUUAUAUCAUUGGAGUUUCUUGUGGUGUCUCCCAUUCUGAAUGCUUUAGUUUACGGGCUAAAAAUGUCAGAGUUGAGAGCAAAGAUAUUCAAGACAUUCAACAUGAAAAGAAUUCCAGGGAGCACUAAACCCUAUCAUUGA